CUGUGUCUGAAUGUGUUGCUGCAGUUCUGGUCAACGCCAACAUGGAGCUUUUCAAGAGUCUGUUUGGUGUGGUUGUUGUGUUGGUUUGUGAUGUUACUGCCCAGGGUUACUGGACACCACUUCAGCAGCAGCAUCAGUCUCAUUUUCUGUCUCUGCUGCCUCAGCAGCAAAAGGUUCCUCCAAACGCUGCUCCCUCUGACAAGUGCCAGGUGGAGGAUAGUAAGAAGAUUCAGUGUGGGAAUCCAGACAUUGAAGCCGUGCAGUGUGAGCACAUAAACUGUUGCUUUAAUGGGUGGCAGUGCUACUAUGGGAAAGCAGUGACCGUGCAGUGCACCAGGGAUGGCCAGUUUGUGGUGGUGGUGGCUCGAGAUGCCACCUUGCCUCACAUAGAUGUGGAUUCAAUCAGCCUAUUGGAAAAUAACGACCCAUCCUGUAACCCUGUAGACUUCACUGCUGCCUUUGCCAUCUUCCAGUUCCCUAUGACUGCAUGUGGUACUACAAUUACGGAAGAAGAUGGUUACGUGGUGUAUGAAAACCACAUGUCAUCUUCAUAUGAAGUGGGAGUUGGCCCCAGAGGCUCAAUCACCAGGGACAGUCACUUCGAGUUGUUGUUCCAGUGUCGCUACUCCGACUCAGCUGUGGAGGCUCUUGUCAUGGAGGUGAAUGAUCUUCCUCCACCUGUGCCAGUGGCUGCUGCUGGACUCCUAAGAGUGGAGCUCAGGCUGGGUAACGGACAGUGUUACUCAAAGGGGUGUGUGGAGGAUAAGGUGGCGUAUACUUCAUUCUACACUGCAGCUGACUAUCCUGUCACUAAAGUGCUGAGGGAACCUGUGUACGUCGAAGUGCACAUCCUGGAGCGGUCUGACCCAAACAUCAUCUUGAACCUGGAGCACUGCUGGGCCACCUCCACUCCUAAUCCCAACAGUCUGCCACGAUGGGACCUUCUGAAUAAUGGGUGUCCCUACCAUGAUGACCGUUACUUGACCACAAUGGUGCCUGUGGACAGCUCCUCUGGGCUUCAAUACCCAUCACACUACAAACGUUUCAUUAUUCAGAUGUUUGCAUUUGUGGCUCAGGACACCUAUACCCCACAGAAAGAAACGGUGUUUAUCCACUGUGCAUCGGUAGUGUGUUAUCCCAGCAGCACCCAGUCUUGUGAACAGCCAUGCCACCGACAACGGAGAGCUGUGGGGAGCAGAGUUUCCUCAGACCAGAGGGCUGUCGUCUCGAGCAGAGAAGUGAUUCUGACUGAGGAGGCAAAAUCUGCUCCAGUACCAAAUCUAAGAUGACUGUCCACUAGUGUCCAUGAGUUUUAAUAAAAGCUUGUUUGAAGCUCACGCGUA